AAGAGGGGUGUAACUAGUAUCUGUGUGUGUUCAGGUGCAUGGUGGACUGCGCCUGUUGAGGGGCGGUGCGAGGUGUACAGUACAAGGUUCAGGUGUUUGGAAGGCUCUUGUCGAGAUUUGCCAUCUUGUGCAGCUAGAGAGAACGAUGCCAGGUGAUCGUGUUGAAAGAUGGUCGGAGAGGUGGGAGAAGGGUAACACACGUUGGCACAACAAGGAUGUUAACUACUCGCUACUACACCACGGGGGACUUUUGCUGCCCUCUCCUCACCUCCGCGUGUUAGUACCUCUUUGUGGAAAAUCUGUUGACCUCAAAUGGUUUUAUGAUGCUGGCCAUACAGUUGUUGGAAUUGAAGCAGUGGAAAAAGGAGUACUGGAAUUUUUUUCUGAACAAAACCUCUCCUAUAGCACAGAACAGUUGUCCUGGGGAAAACUGCACAAGACAAAAGAUGACAGACUUAGUAUAUACUGCAGUGACAUGAUGAAAGUGGAUGUAGCAGCCUUAGGCAAGUUUGAUGCUGUGUGGGACAGAGGUUCACUUGUUGCCAUAUAUGAAGAAGACAGAGAAUGCUAUGUACAGAUUAUGAAAUCUCUUCUGGCACCGGACUUUCGCUACUUGCUCAAUGUUACACAGUAUACACCAGAUGAAUUCUUCAGUGGACCUCCUAGAAAUGUACCAAGGGAACUGAUUGAACAGUUUUUUGGUGAUAUGUGCAAGAUAGAGUUACUGGAGUCUGUCAAGUGGCCUGAAGAAGAUGAGCGAAUUGCAAAUUGGAACUUGAAAUCAAUGACUGAAGCUGUAUUCAUUCUUAGCCCAAAUAAUUGAUUGUACUCAAUUUCAUUGGCUCCAGAGCUUGGCUUUGAGCCUAAAAUCCAUAAAUCAGUUAAUCUAUCAAUUGAUCUAUUCCAUUGUAUAAAUAGUUAAAUAAGAAAGCCAGUUGAUACUUCAAGGAAAACAUAGUUUUAUUUUGUGUCUGGUUAACAUUUCCUUCCAAGAAGUGGUUUGCAGUUAAUGGUGCUACAUGCAAACCUCUAAGAUAGACAAAUAUAGUAAUGUAUACAAUAAACCCCGGCUAAAGUGAACUUCACUUAAUAAAAAAUCUGGCCCAUCCUUACCUUUGUGGGAAAAAUUG